GCCUCUGAUUUGACGUUGAUCCGAACGAGUCGAGUCCUAAGGUAAGCCGGGCGAGAUUACAUGCGGGGUAGCUGAGAAUCUUUCCAUGACUCCAAGUCGUCGAACAUCACGGCAGCGACUGCAUGCCGAAGAUUUACAUACUCCAAUCUCCCACGAACCCCGACAAGCCCGAUUGCUGUCCUUCGGUAUCCCGGAGGAACUCACAGACACAAUUUGACCCUAUAUCGACCGCGAAACAUACUCUUUAUUCUCGAUCUGCUUUCAGGUGUCGCAUCGUCCAAAAGAGGGAGCUCUACGAGUUGGAUGUCGACGGCGAACCCAAGCUGGACAACGAGACAAUCAGCGGGAGAUGCCGCAAUAUUCGAAAACAGUUGACAGACCUGCUGACCGCACUUGAGAAUGGAUCCGCCCAAGUGUCAACGACAGUCACCUCCUCUUCGAUCAAAGAUGUUGUGGAGAGAUUCAUGCUGUGGGCAGGAAAUCUGGGCGCAUUGCGGAAGCCUGCAUCAAAGUUGUCUCUGGAUAGCAGACUGGCAAGUUCCUCGGACUUGCGGGACUACAUCUGUACGGAGUUGGAGGAUAUGUCUGAGGCUAUUGAGGACCUCAUGAACAUUGUGAAUGGUUCCAUGCCCAACCGGGAUAUUGGUUACGGUUCAGGUUCGGAGAACAACCUCGACAUGGAGUCUGAUGAGAGUUCUUACUCCGACGAUCCCAUUGAUGAGGCUGGUUCUAUUCUCCAAGUCAUCUCACAGGGCAUUACAUCGCUUUUGAAGAUUGGCAUUCUGGUCCGACAGCCAGCCUCGAGCGGAACCGACCGCUUUCACCGUGCAUCUCGGGACUCGACCAAUGCCUUCUUGGAUCGUUUUGACAUUGACUAUGUACAGCACAAGCAUCCCAAACUGGGGUCUGGUGAGCAGUCAUCGCGUAUGGGCAAGGCGAUUGCAAAGCGAAGACAGUUCAUUCGCUAUUGUCGCGAUCACAAAUCCAAUCUGGCAGCCGAGGAAAAUGAAGGGAAAGAUACCUCUAAUCUCCAGAUCGGAAGCCAAAAGGCCACAACCGCCAAGCAGUCCAGCAAAGCGACAACGUUCGUUGCCAAGGAAAAUCUGAUGAAUAUCCUUCAGGGAUCCGUGGAUGUCCUUGAGGAAGAGGAAGACGCUGUCUCUCAUUGCAGCGUUUCUACCACGUCCGAGUCACUGGCAAUCCUGAAACUACCUCGACUCGCAGACCUAUCACCGGAAGACGACCCCUUCGAAUGUCCUAUUUGCUACACUCUUCAGCAAUUCCGCUCGGAACAGGCAUGGCGGCGUCAUGCGUAUCGCGAUCUCAAAGCUUAUGUUUGCACAGUGGGUGGAACCGAGUGUGACGACAAGUUCUUCGACGACCGGACAUCGUGGUUCAACCACGAACUUGAACAGCAUAGAUGCAGUUACGUUUGUGUACUCUGCGGAGCCAACGAGGGGCAAAACAAGAGAAAAUGAGACGAGCUCAGACAACAUAUCCUCAGUGCUCAUGGAGAUUUCGAAUCCGAUCAACUCGAGCGACUUGAAGAUGCUGGCCGGGACACGGUCACGACCUUCAAGGCUAACGAUUGUCCCUUUUGCGAUGAUUGGUCUGAACUCAUGGCAAAAAAGAUGCCGCCUGGGAGAAAUUCUCAAUUUGGAGACGGCUUCUUCAUCAACACUAGCCGGUUCAAGAAGCAUGUCGCCAUGCACUUGGAGCAACUUGCCAUUUUUGCCCUCUCACGACA